AUAAACAACAAAUCUUACACAAUGUUGUUUUUAUUUUGAAACUCAAUGCACAGCGCUAACAUAACGCUAUUAUUUUGACACUAAAGUACACACCGGAACUAAUCAACAUGUGCGCGAAUGUAACGCCGAAAUCAAAGAUGGCGGAAGAGGAGAACCUCUCUGAGGAGCUGGAGCAACUCGACUUCCUCAGAGACAGACACAUACGUUUCUUCCAGAGGACUCUGCAGGUUUUACCUGAGCGAUACGCCUCCUUGGAGACCACUAGGUUGACCAUUAUAUUUUUCGCUCUGUCCGGCCUGGAUGUGCUUGAUGCUUUGGAUGUCAUUGACAGCAAUGUAAUGAUCGAGUGGAUCUACUCAAUGCAGGUUCUACCCACGGAAGAUCAAUCCAACCUCAGCCGUUGUGGUUUUCGAGGGUCAUCGCACAUCGGAAUUCCUUACAGCACCAAGGGUCCUGGGGUACUCCAUCCGUACGACAGCGGCCACGUCGCCAUGACCUACACGGGACUGUGCUCUCUGCUCAUACUGGGAGAUGACCUAAGUCGAGUCAACAAGCAGGCCUGCCUGGCCGGCCUCAGGGCCCUGCAGCUGGAUGAUGGCAGUUUUUACGCCGUGCCGGAAGGCAGUGAAAACGACAUCCGCUUUAUCUACUGUGCAGCCAGUAUUUGUUACAUGCUGGACGACUGGUCGGGCAUGGACAUCCAAAAGGCCAUCGAGUACAUUCGAGGCAGCCUGUCUUACGAUAGCGGUUUUGGUCAGGGAGCCGGGCGGGAGUCACAUGGAGGAUGGACAUAUUGCGCCAUUGCUUCCUUGUGUCUGAUGGGUCGAGUUGAGGAGGCGCUGAGUCAGCGUGAGCUGGACAGGAUCCGCCGCUGGUGCAUCAUGAGGCAGCAGAGCGGCUUCCAUGGUCGCCCCAAUAAACCCGUUGACACCUGCUACUCUUUUUGGGUGGGCGCAACGCUAGAGCUACUAGAUGUGUUCCAGUACACCAACUUUGACAAGAACAGGGCCUUCAUCCUAUCAACACAGGAUCGUUUGGUUGGUGGUUUUGCGAAGUGGCCAGACAGCCAUCCAGACCCUCUUCACGCCUACUUGGGCCUGUGCGGUCUGUCUCUGAUCGGCGAGCCCGGGCUGAGGAAGGUCAACGCAGCUCUUAACAUCACCCAGAGGGCCUUCGAACGCCUCCAUCAGCUGCAGCAGACAUGGAGAGGACAAUAACGGCGACUGUGGCUGACAAGAGCAUCUGACAGAUCAAAGCCAAGGCAAACUGAGUCUUUGUGAUGCCUGCCUCCUUUUAUUUGAGGACCGGGGAGUGUACAGCUACUUCUCAGCAACGUGAUCUCGUUGUUGGGUGACUCCUCUUCAAAGCUGCCUUCUGAUUAACAGACUGCAGUUAGUGUUUCGUGUUUAAAAGAACGUGCCAGAAAUCACCAGGGACCUGAAGAAAUUGUGGGUGCCAAAGUUUCUUCCAUGGGUAAGAUGAAGUGAAGGAGAACCUUCUCUCGUUUCUUGCCAAGCAGCAAUAUGUCCAUUAUGGAGCACGCAGGAUCAGUUGAAUGUAUAUUAUGAUGAAACACCCUGAAGAUCGACAUAUAUGCUACUCUGCAAUGCCAUUAUCAGUCGAAGGAAUAGCCAUUAUCAUUAUCCAUGUUAAAAUUUAGUCUGGUUCUGUUCAUUAUUUUGGAUCAUGCAAUCAAUUAUAAAAGGAAAGAUCAAAUAUCCCUUUCCCAUACCACUGAUGUUAUACCUGUGGGCCUCUUCAAAGCUCUUAAAUUUGCUUCCAGCUUGUCAGUUCUGACCUCCUGAGGUUAUUUAUUUUUUUUCAAACCCGCGGGUUCAUCUUCCCUUUGGCUUAGUUUUCAAAUCAGGUUUUAUGAGGGUUAGCACUGUAGCAGAGGUAUACCCAUAGGAGUUGAGGGCAAGAAAAGCUUGCAGGCGUCAAUCUUUGAUUUUGGAAAAGAAGUAGAUAAAAAGAAAACAAAUGUUGGCAUACAUCCUAGGGAAAGUCUGGGUGAAAUGGAGUCACGUGGGAAUAGUGUUUGAUUUUUUUUUUUUUUUUAAAUCGUGAACCAUGUGGUGACUUGGCCUCGUAGGCAGUUGCUUUUUAACACACCUGCUUCCUUGAUAGCCAUCUUUGACCUUAGCAGCCAACUGGAAAAUGUCCAUGUUUGCGGAAAGAAAAAUCUAUUCAAUCAAUUUAGCGUGAGCCGAAUUAGUUUACUACUUGGGCUUAAUCCAUAAAAUCUUUAUUAAACGACUUUAAAGUUUUUUCCCCAAUACGGAUGGCUGAAAUUUUUCGGCUAACACGCAGUUUAGCAAAAACUAUAGCAAGUCACUGAGGCUAGGUUCAUACCGCAGGUCUUAAUGCACAUAGUUUCUGAUUUUUUUUUUUUCAUGUUUUUCCAACACGAGUGAGGCAUUAACAUGACGAUCGGAACGAGACAGUUUGCAUAAAAGGGGACCAUUUCAAACCCGAUUUAGGUCACUUUCGUAUGUGGUUAUAAUCCGAUGUGGGCCACCCAGAAUGUGGCAUCGGUCUGAACUGUCAAGUCUUCCAAAUCGGAAUUCAUGCAGCAAUUACGUCAGCAAAGAGCGAGAGCGGCAGGCAGGACGGCAGCGAUAUAGCUGUGCAUUAGCAUUAGCGCCUAGCUUGAACUCGGCUUUUACACAGUAGGCAAGCUUGACAAGUCAUAAAAAUAAUUGGGGGUGGGGCUAAGCCUGAGAAUGUUGUUUUCUUUCUGUGUGCCAAAUGAGCAGAACUGUAUUUAAAUUUAUUUGUCUGAUUAAUCAAAAUAUGAUCGCCCGAGAAUGACAUAGAACCAGGAUGUCUAAGCAUUUGUUUUGAUGCUUCUGCACAUAGAGGCCAGUUUGCUCAGCGCGUGUCGGACUGCGAGUUAGUGUGCAUGUGUACUAUAUUUACGGGCUCAAUGGAAAAAAGCGGUCUGAAUGGGCACGACAAAAAAACGGAUAUGAAGAAAAAACUGAUUUGUGCAUUAAGACCUGCGGUAUGAACCUAGCCUAAGUGGUCGGACAUCUUCAUAACAUUAUUUGUAACCUUUGAGAAUAAAUGGUUAAAAAUUGCCAGAUAAAAACAUGCUAACAUUAACUUUCCCAGUCACUGUGCCUUCGCUCUGGAUGCUCUAAUUAACUAUAUACCACUUUCUUGCAAACGCCACCUUGAAUACAUUUGCCCUUUGCCAUUUUGUUAAUUUAGGACCACUCUCAUUUUGCAGUGUUGUUGUUAGUUUGCCUCAUUGCAACUAAUGCAUUUGGUUUGGUGUGAUUUUCACCAAUUCCCUUUUUACAUUGGCUGAAGGCCUGUCGAGUCGCACGCUCAUGUUGUUGGUGUGUAUGCUAUCAUAUUUUUCAUCAAUCUGCCGUAAUUCAUGCACUGAUCAGAAUGAAAUUUGGUCCGAGUUACCUCCUGAUCAAAUAGGACUAAAUUAAACAAUGGAAAACAAAUAUCUAUUUUAUCAAUUGAUGCAUGUCGGAUCCUCUUGAAAUUCAAUGUAAACAUUCUAGAGGUGAGCACCUAUCAAGCUUCGGGGCCCAAUUUCAAUUUCACCGAUGAAUUAGCAUUAGUCAUUGUAGAGGUACUGUUUUCCGAGGUUUAUUCCUCCAUUUAUAAUGGAUUAAACUGAAACUUCAUUAUGCAUAUACUAAAAGGAUAUCUGCAUGGACACGCUGAGCCCCGAUUUUAAAAUUUUUGGUUCCUUAUUUACUCUAAUGAAUCAAAAUCCCAUCAAUUUUCAAAGUCAACAGAAAAUAGUGAGUGUAGAACACAGCUGUACAGUAUAUGGAGGGCUACUCAUCGUUUAUGACUAAUCAACGAAAAUGUUAAUUGUUUCUUGAUUAACAUCCAACCAAUUUACUAAUUGGUCAGAAAAUAGUCGUGUUUGGUUUUAAAUAGAUUACGAAUAAACAUAGGAUACAUCAUUGCAGUUUACGGAACGAUACGCUAAUCCAUUGAGUAUCAUUUGCAAUUUGAUAAGAGCUUUCAGCCUUUAGUUGCGCACUAGUGCUUGUUAAAGUGGGAAAAUAACGACUGGUGGAGCCAAUGUGGUACCGUAUGAUGGAAAAGCAUAAAUAUCCAAAUCCAUCUCAACACAGGUGUUCUUCAGGGUCCAGUCCUAGUACAUUAGCUAUUUUUGAUUUCUAGUUAAAUCAUCUGCUUCGUGUUUUAUUUAGUUUUGUUUUUUUUUUCUUAAUUAGCAAGCUGUCCUAUUCAGUGUCCGUCACCAGCUGUCCAUUGUUGGCAAGUAAACAAGAGCCGCCGCAGGAUACAAGUGACAAACUUCACAUACUGUGAAUGAAGCCAUACUGGCCUGUUUCGCCAGAUUGUGGCUUACUAAACUUUAACUUGCUAAAAGAAACCAUUGGAUAGUCUAGCAUCUUCUUCUAGAGAGGCAGUGUGGAGAAGAAAACACUGAGAGUGGAGAGGGAUGAAUAAAUAAUUGGUCGCAUCCAUUAUUCACGGAAACUGGCGGGCAGUUUCCUCACUGUUCAACCAACCUCAAUUUUAGCAUUGUGACUUGGGGAAAUGAUAACAAUAUCCCUUUUGAACACAAGAGAUCCAGCAACCGUACUGCAUCAGAGCUGUAAAAGAUGUCAGAAUGCAUCUAACAAUCCAAAAAGGUGGUAAAAACAAAAAACUGUUGUAACAAAACAUUGGUUUUAGCAUAAAUGGGAGUGAGUGUUAGCAGUUUUGACACUGAAACUAGCAGAAAACACCGGUCUUGCAAAAUGGGCUUGAGCUGUUGUCAGCUUGAUCGACCCUGCAAAAUUGCUAUGUCAUACCUGCCGAAGUCACCAUGUAUCCAUCUGUACUUUCAGGAUAUUGCUGCAAUCAGAUAAUUAUCUGACAUCAGUACCAGUGUAAGAUGUGCGACAUAAAAUACUUGUCUGGACUGCUUUCAAUGCAACAGGCAGGUGAGUAGUGGCAAACUUGGUGUUGAGAAAUCCUUCACACAAUGGUGAUCAUGGCUCUAAUGCUUACUUGCAAAAUGCUGGCUUUAACAGGCAGACUGAACCAGUGUUGUUUUCAUCAACUACCUGUAUGACUAUAAUGAAAAUAUUUAGUCAAUGAAAUCAUUUUGGCAACCCUAGUGCUGAGUGAUCCUCACACACUAAAUGUAACUUGUAGCCAGGGGGGCUGGAAAUCACUCACAGCUGGGGGGGCUGAGGAUCUUUUUUAGUUUUUCCCCAUCCAAAAACAGCCGUUUUGGUCCAAGUUUAUCAUGCUCGCUCGUUUUCUCCAUACAAGGCGUGCACAAUGGAAGUACACGCGUGCAAGAUAGUUUCCUUACUACUACUGGGCUACUACAAAGACAGUGUUCUAUUUCACGUACAGUUUGUGUUGGAAUUUUUGUAUCGGAAAUAAAAGUGCCUGAGUAUUAUAAUGCAACUCCCCGCUGCUAGACGACGCAAUGACAGACAAACACAUUUAAAAACUAAAAGGUCAGAGGUGAAUUGCACACGAAUAACCAACAGCGCUCUGCACGGUGGAAGCUCAACAACAAAUAAUAAAAUGGCUACAAUGCAAGCAUGUCUUACCUAUUUGAAGACACCAAAGAUAGAUUUCCUUUCUGGACUCCACGGUCUAAAUUUGCAGCUAACUUUUACUUGCUGGGGACUAUUAUAGAACUAUCAUAAUAAUCAUUUUUGACCUCGAAUGGAAUUUUAGAAAAUUUCACUGUUUUUGUGAAGAAAAAAAAUGUUUUUGCAUCAUGUUAACGCCUCCUCUGUCAACUGUUUUCCGUUCCCAUAGCGCCUUAUUCAAGGUGACCCGGCAGCAAGUAAGGUGUUAGGUGGUGACCAAUGUUCCCUCUAAUUUUUCAUGUGUCUGAGCAGACACACAAGCUCCCUGAGCACACUGCUGACCACGGUGAGCAACACCAGAUGUGUACAGGGUGGUCACACACCAUUAUCAUAUCUGUUCAAAACCUUGGAUCAGAGCAAGUUAUAUGACUUAUUUAAAGAAUUAAAUUACAGCAGCAUUUUUCAUUAAUUUACUUUAAUUGAUUUGGCCCACUUGAAAUGAAAAAGACUAAAAUCUCGUUCAAAAGAUGUGGACUAUGUUAUAUGUGAGAGUCCUGCUUUAAACAUAGGAAGAGUCCUGCUUUGGCAUGGGUAAGUUACUAGAUAAAAUAAAUUGAAUGACCACACUGGCAGUCCAGUAUGUCAAACUUCAACAUUAAUACUGUUCAGACAACAAGGACACUCAAGAUUCCUAUUCUCCGUGUCUGAGCGGCUACACUGCAAAAACACACCUCCUUAAAACUAGUUAAAUUCCCUUAGUUUUCAGUGUAAAUAGAUAAUUAACGGAUAAUAAUUAAGACUAACGCUUGCAAAGAUUGGCAGAGGAAUGUUGCUUCAGUAAAUCGGCACAGGAGUCAAGCUCACUUUUCUCCUCCAAUGGGAGCGUGGCGUUGCUGUAUCGAACGCACCAAAAGGAGUGCCGCGCUGAAACAUCACUCCGGCGUUGUCCCAUUGACGGUACAAUAUGUUUCUGUUUAUUUCGUGUGCUGCAUAUAUUUUCUUGCGCGCUGAAUAUGUGCAAGCAUUGCGCGAUUGCGCACGCACGCAGCUUUGAGGGAAGACUAGUGGUGACCAUGUUAUUAACAAAAACUUUUUCAACAUGUAUUUUUAAUCCCCAAAGUUUCAUACGCUAUUGUUUCAAUAUGUUUAUUUUAGGGCUGUCAGACAAUUACAAUUUUUAAUCCAGUUAAUCACAGCUUAAAAAUUCAUCGUAAUUAAUCGCAAUUCAAACCAUCUCUAAAAUAUGCCAUAUUUUUCUGUAAAUUAUUGUUGGAAUGGAAAGACAAGACACAAGACGGAUAUAUACAUUCAACAUACUGUAAAUAAGUACUGUAUUUGUUUGUUAUAGCAAUAAAUCAAGAUGGCAUUAACAUUAUUAACAUUCUGUUAAAGUGAUCCAUGGAUAGAAAGACUUGUAUUUCUUAAAAGAUAAAUGUUAGUAAAAGUUAGAGAAAUUUUAUAUUAAAACCCCUCUUAAUGUUUUCGUUUUAAUAAAGUUUGUAAUAUUUUCAAUCAAAAAAUAAAGUAGUAGCUCGCCAUUUAUGAUGUCAAUAAUAAUUAUGGUGCAGAAACCCAUAAAAUCAGUCGCACCUAAGCGCCAGCAGAGGGCGGCAAAACACCAAAAAAACACAAGUAACAAGUGGAAAUUACACUUUGCUGUCAUUUUAAUCUGUUUGAGUGGGGCAUGUGCGUUAAAUGCGUGAUGUGAUUAAUUUAAAACAUUAAUUAGCGCCCGUUAACGCGAUAAUUUUGACAGCCCUACUUUAUUUUUAACAAAAAAUAAUCUACCAAAACAUUUUCUCCCCAACACAAGGGGGUGCUGCAGCACCCUCAGUACGCCACUUCCUGCGCCAGUCCUCGUUCCGUGAGCAUAGCAUUUCGUUAGCACUAGGCUAACGCUAACGGCGAGCGUAAACGACUAAAACUUGACGAAGACAAACAUAUUUUGAGUUGACUUAAAUAUGACAAAUAUUAUCGUCCAAGAGACGAAAAUUAAAAGGGCUGCCAAAAACAACGCUGGACUGAACGGGCCUGUGCUGGGGACUAAAACUAUUUCAGCUUCAGAAAUGUAACAGUACAUCGGCCAUGUAUCCACCUCUGCUUAUUGCAAUUGGAUAAUGAAUGAACACAAACACGUUCUUGUCGGACAGUCACAACUGACUUUCAAAUGACAGGGUGGGAGUAAUAGAGCAACCUUAACAAGUGGAUGUUUUUCGGUACUGAUGCUACCGCUAAAGGCAGAAGUUUUACCGUAUGGCCCCUUAUUGCAUGAGUUUGUGAAUGUUUAUGGAGAAUGGUGACACUGGAAAAAGGUGGGAACAUGCUUUCUUUACAGGCUUUGUUAAAGGGGCUAAAUCAUUCAUUAUUGCACUCUUACAGUUUUUGCCUUAGACCUGAAGCCUUUUCAUUUGUUUUUUUUUUUUAAAUGAGUGUUAUGACUGAUUUAGAUUUUUGUCUGAAAUACAUUCACCAUCUAAAAGUCUAAAAAUUUAGAAUUUUUGGUGGUGUGGAAUCUUCAUGAUGAUUGAGUUUAAGUGCUGCUGCUUUCCCUGAAGGGGAACAAGAUCAGUUCUAAAGGAUUGAUCUCUCAGUCCAUGUCCUUGGCGAUGCCUCACGUUUGUUGCAUCACUCUAAUUAUCCUCUGCACGGGUGGAAAUCAACAACAUGAUUCCCUCUGUUAAACAUAGUGGAGGCUUCCAUUCUUCUGAUCUUCUAACAAACAUAAUGCAUUUUGCAGUGUUUGUUCCAGUAAUCAGGUCACUAAUGCAUUUCUCAACGAGAAAAAAAUUCCCGAGUCAGUUCCCUUAAUGCUUAGCGAUUUCUGCCACUUAACUGCAGAUGGACUCUCAGCUGACAUUAAGCAAGUCUUUGCCAUACAGCUAUCAAUAUACAUAAUGUAAUAAUGUAACAUGAAAUUCCAUUUAUUUUUAUGCUUUGUAAAGAAGUGUAGAUAAACACUGUAAAUAAGCGAAAGCAAAGGGGAAGAACUGAAAAUGCAAAUGUUUGUGUGGUAUGUUCAACUUUGAAUAAUGUGCAGCCCCAAGCUCGGCAACAAAUACUGUGCUGGUAUCUAUGCUAAAUAAAAGAAAAUGCAUAAGUUGCCUGUCUCUUAUGCCUGCUUGCUUUGUUUUGAAUAUUUACAUUAAGCCGUAAAUAUUGUACACGGUUGACCAAUUUGCGUUAUACUCAAGAUAACCAAAUGUUUUGACGUAAUCCCUCAAUUUUGAGCGGUGCUAUACACUGUACCCAAAUUAGGCAAAUCCUUCGUCAAACAGAAGCCUCACCUCACUCAUUCAUCCAUUGAUAUCCCAAUGUCGUCAUUUGGGUCACAGUUGAAGAUAUGGUACAAGCCAAUUGAUAUGCUAUAUUAUGGACAAAUAAUUUUACAGACCUUGGGUCAAUUUGGAAUAUUAACUCAAAAGUUGCAUACAUGUUUUGAUGAUAAACCUAGUCCAAAUAUAGACUAACAUUGUUGAAUAAGGAUUUAGAAUUAUGCUUUGCUGUCAUAGCAGCUGCUCAUUGAAAAGAUAUGGCACACGUGCUGAUGGACCGAUACCAAAUUGAGAAGCAAAAAUGUGUGGCCUCUUGUACGCUUCCCAAAGGGAAUUGAGCGCGACCCAGAUUGGAAUUGUCGAGAGACGAUCCUUGGACCGCCAGCCGCAGCUGUAUUUGGGUGUGGUGCAAUUGUCCUUUUGUAACACACGAAAUUCUAUACAGCAGC